CCUUAAAAUUCUUUUUCCGCUAAGUUUCGUAAGCAUUGCCGUCUUUCCGAGGUUGUGUACCAAAUAAUUAAUAAAAAUCACGAAAAUGGCAUUCGGAGACUUAAAAUCUGAUAAAGGAGUGGCCGCCCUCGACGAUUUCUUAAAGGAUCACAGCUACAUUAGCGGAUAUCAACCUACUCAAGCGGACAUUCAGACAUUUCAAUCCCUCGGAAAAGCGCCCAACGCAAAAUACAGCCACGCUCUAAGAUGGUACAACCACAUCAACUCGUUCGCGCCUGCUGAACGAACCAGCUUCCCCGGCGGCGCUUGCCCCAUGAAGACGGCGGCACCCACCACCGCCCCCGGCAAGGCAGAGGAUGACGAUGAUGUCGAUCUAUUUGCAUCCGACGACGAGAACGAUGCAGAGGCGGAAAAGAUACGCGAGGAACGUCUGAAGGCUUACGCCGAUAAGAAAUCGAAGAAACCUGCACUCAUAGCCAAGUCUAGUAUAGUUCUUGAUGUCAAACCUUGGGACGACGAGACGGACAUGAAAGAGAUGGAGAAACGUGUCCGCACUAUCGAAAUGGACGGUUUGGUUUGGGGUGCUUCUAAGUUGGUGCCGGUCGGUUAUGGUAUCCACAAGUUGCAAAUAAUGAGCGUUGUUGAGGACGACAAGGUCUCCGUUGAUUUAAUGGUGGAAGAAAUUGAGAAAUUUGAGGAUUUCGUUCAAUCUGUCGAUAUUGCUGCGUUCAAUAAGAUUUAAAAGCUUUGUCACAUUAAAGAUUUUUUCAAAUUUU